CAAAGCGAUUGCCUACUGUCCCUCGUUCAGGUGAUUGUUAUGUUGGCGAAGACCACUUAGCGUUAACGGGAAACUGAAGGAGUCUCCUUCCGAAAAAAAGAAAUACACCUCAGCAAUUUCCUAGAGACGUUCUAUUACCUGCUGUGUUAAUGUGGACAUGGGGAGCGGUAAUAGCCAUUCUCUAGAAAUACCACCAGGAAAAGGGACGCACAAUGUAGGAUGCACCGACAUUAUGAUGGACCACACAAUUCAGGGAUCCUUCAUUCGUAUUUAUUAUCCUUGUGAAACACCAGUAAAUCAUGAACAUCCAGCAUGGAUUCCAAGCAAAGAGUAUUUUUCAGGGCUUGCAGAUUUCAUGAAAAUUGGUAGAACAUUAGGUUAUUGGAGUAUUGAUUACCUAUUUGGUUCUUAUAAGAUUCCUGCUGAGUGGAAUGCACCUUUUAAGACAGGAAACAAAUACCCACUAGUUAUUUUCUCUCAUGGUCUGGGAGCAUUCAGAACCCUGUAUUCUGCCAUCUGUAUAGAAAUUGCUUCUCGGGGAUUCAUAGUUGCUGCGGUGGAACACAGAGAUGAAUCUGCUUCAGCCACAUACUAUUAUAAAGAAAAAACAACAAAGCACAAACAGGUUGUAGUUCCAAACUCAAGUCAUGUUUCAACAGAUCUCGAAGUGAAUUGGCUCUAUUACAGAUCUUUGAAACAAGGAGAACCUGAAUUUCCACUUAGAAACAAUCAGGUGCAGCAGAGAGCACAUGAAUGUAUAAAAGCUUUACAUCUACUCGCUGACAUCAACAACGGAAGCAUUGUGUUAAAUGCCCUAAAGCUACAUUUUGAUUGGACCAAAUUAAAGGGUUCUAUUGAUAUCUGCAGAACAGCAAUCAUGGGACAUUCAUUUGGAGGGGCUACAGUCAUUCAAUCUCUCAGCAAGGAGCCAGUGUUUAAAUGUGGUAUUGCUUUAGACUCAUGGAUGUUCCCCCUGGAUGAUGAUGUGUACACUAAAGUUAAUCAGCCCAUUCUUUUCAUUAACUCUGAAAAAUUUCAGUGGAUUGGAAAUAUCUUAAAAAUGAAAAAGCUGGAUUCAGAACGCAUAGACCGAAAAAUGAUUACAAUCAAGGGAACAGUGCAUCAGAGUUUCCCCGACUUUACAUUCUUAACAGGCAAUUGGAUUGGAAAGCUUUUCAAAUUAAAGGGAAACAUCGACCCCAUCAUAGCCAUGAAUCUCUGCAAUAGAGCAUCACUUGCGUUUCUUCAAAGGCACUUGGAUCUUCACAAUGACUUUGACCAGUGGGAUUCACUUAUUGAUGGGAAAGAUGAAAACCUUAUUCCAGGCACCAAUAUUCAGCUUCCUCCAGAGCACAAUACAACAGCACAAGACAGCAGUGUCAACAAAUGAUCACAAGCUUGAAACACAAUCUUUCAGAUAGACAAGCAGUACAAUUGUGAUUUUUUUUAAACAAUGUUUUUAAAAUGUGAAAUCUUUUGUGUAAAUAAGAUGGAAUCUAAAUUUGUCAAUCACAAAAAACUAAAUACAUACAGAAAACAUUUUGGUCCAGCAA